GUGCUCUCCCGUCUUGACCAACCCGGGCCCAUCGCGACAACUCUCCGAAGACCGUCAUUGUCGUUAGUUCGUCGAUAAAUACUUGAUUUUGAUAAAGAGGCUCUGAUACACCUCCUCCAAGACUUCGUUUCAGAUCAUCUGCGCUCCUGGCGCCGCGUUCUCUACCUCUAUCAUGGAGAUCCAGGAGACUCAGCGUCUCCUUUCGGAGUAUCUCCAUGAACUUGCAAACCUAUUUCAUCGCGUUCCAGGCUCCGCAAUCUUUCUUCGCUACGUAAAGUCCAGCUAUCAGAAUGAUCCUAUUCGUUCUGCAGUUGAGCUGUUUCUUUUCCUGUUUGCGGUCCGCUAUUUGCUCGCUCCCAAGUAUUCGACUAAGCCUGGAGUGGUUCAACUCUCUGAGGAUGAGAUUGAUGACUUGGUAGAUGAGUGGACUCCAGAACCGCUAGUCGGAAAACCAACAGCUUUAGAGGAGAUGGAGGUGGAUAAGAGGACGGUAAUUGUCGGCCCCGUCGGUCCCAAAUCGAAAUUGGCCAAUGGCCGAACAGUCGUUAACCUUGGCUCCUACAACUUUUACAACUUCAAUACCAAUGAAUCGCUGAAAGAGAAGGCCAUCCAGACGCUCCGUAAUUAUGGCGUCGGUCCUUGCGGGCCCCGAGGAUUCUACGGCACCCAAGAUGUUCAUUUGAAGACGGAAGCGGAUGUUGCCUCAUUUCUGGGCACCGCAUCUUGUAUCAUUUACUCCCAGGCUUUUUCCACCAUUUCGAGUGUUAUUCCCGCAUUCUCCAAGCGUGGAGAUAUUAUUGUUGCAGAUAAGGGCGUCAACUUCGCUAUCCGGAAAGGAAUUCAGAUCUCUCGUAGUAUGGUUCGGUGGUAUGAGCAUAACGACAUGGAAGAUCUGGAGAGGGUUCUUGCCAAAGUCACUAAAGAACAAGCGAGAAAGCCACUCACGAGACGCUUCAUCAUCACGGAAGGCUUGUUUGAAUCGUACGGUGACAUGGUAGACUUGCCCAAGAUCAUUGAACUUAAACUGAAGUACAAGUUCCGACUUAUCCUCGAUGAGUCCUGGUCGUUUGGUGUCCUCGGUAGGACCGGCCGUGGCGUGACAGAGCACCAAAACGUGGAUGCAGCUGAGGUUGAUAUGAUUGUGGGCUCGCUGGCCGGCCCAUUGGUUGCGGGCGGAGGCUUCUGCGCUGGAUCGGAAGAGAUCGUUCACCACCAGCGCAUUUCUGCCGCCGCUUAUACGUUCUCGGCAGCGCUGCCUGCCCUUCUAUCGACAACCGCUAGCGCCACAAUCAAUAUCCUUCAGAACAGCCCCGAAACAAUAUCACAGCUGCGGGAGCAUACCAAGACCAUGUGGGCACAGCUAGACCCCCGUAGUGACUGGGUACACUGUAUCAGUGCGCCCGAAAAUCCUAUCAUGAUCCUGGUUCUCAAGCCUGACGUGAUUGCGGCUAAGAGGUUGUCAGUUGAAGACCAACACUUUCUGCUGCAAGAUGUGGUGGAUGAGUGCCUUGCAAAUGGUGUCCUCAUCACCCGCCUCAAAACCCUAUUAGACAACUUUGAACCGAAGCAGGUCGUUUAUCCAGCACUGAAAGUAUGCGUUACGAUCGGUUUGACGAAGAAGGAGAUUGAAAAAGCUGGAACCACUAUCCGUCACGCUAUAACGAAAGUUCUAAGCAAAAAGAAGUAGCCCUUGCGAUUGCAGCUUUCCAAAAAGGAUUCGGGCACGAAAAUUUGAUGCCCUCAUCGUUUCAUUACGCCAUGCCUUGUUUAUCCCAUUCACACCUUGUAAACCUUUUUUCUACACUGGUUUUGUACAGCAUAGCUUUCAACUGGACAGUCUGCGUGCUAUAAAUGGGUUCAGAGACCUUGGGGAGGUACCAUGCAAGUGAUAGCUCUUAUCAUCCUGCCGAAAUAUCUUCCCCGAAUCUUGGACCUUUGCUAAUGUUUUCUUUUUCUCAUUCCUUUGAGAGUAUCUGUCUCAGCAUGGCAGGCCAUUAUUAGAUUUUACCCUGUUAUAAUAUUAAUUACAUUCUUAUCAGUUUAUUCAUUUCUUCCCCUUGACUUUCUUCUCAAAUCCUGCGUUUCUUCACCAACAAUACAGAGGCUAUGCAAUACAGAGACUAUGUGGAUGUUUCACAUCCUCAUAGGCUGGGAAUUUUCUCCACGCCUAGAACCCUCCGAUACCUGUGCCAAUGGGUGGACUUGAGCAUUCCUGAAGCAUACCCCCGCGGGGUUAGAUUCACUUAGGGCAAGGGGUCAGCAUUCCAGGGAUCGAGAGCUUAUUGCAUUCCUUUCCAAGUCGGGAAUGAGGCGAUGGUCCCUAGACUAGAACAUGGAAUGGAGUUCAA